AUGAACCUUGGUGAAAUUCCAGAUCCAGUGACGGUGAUUUCGGAGGAACGAUCACUUGUCAUUUCUUCAAAAUGCAAUCAAUUAAUCAACAAGUGUGAUACAAGAUUUCUCGAUCGGUUCUCAAAUGUGGAUCGAACAGCGAAGAGCUGCCAAUGCGUACAGGAAAAAAUCUGUUCGAUCAUCGGGAUGCACCAUUAUGCCGGCUGUCGUUCGUAUUCGACACUAUCUGUAGCAGGACAGAGGCUGAUCCGUUUAUGGAGCAUCGAUUCCAAGGAUCGCCGUUAUCGGUUCACCAACGAAGUCGGAAAGCGCUUUUCUGAUAAGCAAAGCUGGACCCUUGUUCAUUUCCAGUGUCCAAGACAAGAAAAUCCUUUCAGACAUCAGCAGCUUAUGAACGGUAACAGCCGCUUCUGUUGUCGAUCAAUAACACCGAAAAAAGCACGAUCUCUACGACUUCGAAUCAGAGCUGGAUCUGCUGAUGCAGGGCUGUUACCCAUGUUUUCGCUACUCAUUACUUAUCUCGUUCUACGGUAG